AUGGCAGACCGAUCUAGCAACAUGCUGAAAAGGCUACACCCGGAAGACGAUGAACUCGAUAGCCAGAAACGGGUCAGAUCCAACAAUGGCUCGCCUCGUCCGACAACGCCGGCCUCCGCGACGCCUGGCACGAAGCCCGACGUGAAUCAAAUGCUCGCUGCUGCUAGGGCGAGAGCGGAGGAGUUGAAGGCCAGGCUAGCAGCCAAUCGCCCUGGAGCGACCAAUUCAUCGGCAUCAGCAAGCCCGUCUCCCGCCCCUGCAGCUAGUGCAAGUGAUCGUAUUGCACAGUUGAAAGCUCGAGUGGCUGCCGCCACGAGUCGAUCGGCCGCAUUGAGUUCGCAGAAAACACCCACGAGUGCCAGUUAUACCCCGCCGGCUUACAGCGAUGACACUUCAAGAGCACGUGGAGGCCUGGAUGUUGGGCUGCAUCCUGCCCUUCUUGCCGAUGUCCAGCAGGAUAGCCAGAGAAACAAGAGUCGAACACCACAUCCCAAGUUCGCGACGGCGAUGGGGAACCAGCGAACAGAGUCGCCAACCUCGGCCCUGGAGAAGUUGCAGUUGGACCUCUCUGCGCCCUCGCUAGAGGAACUCAAGGCCAACCCAUACUUUGACCCCAGUUUGGGCACACGUAACGUGCUUCCCAGGGAACGACAGACGAGACAGUUGAUCUUCAAUGAAAAGGGCAAAUACAUCCAACAGGCAUCCGCGCUUCGGCGCCAAGCGCAGCUGGAGGCGAUGAAAAAGAAGAUCGCGGAGCAUGCAAGACAAGCUGGGUUGGAAGAGGAUUUGGAUACGGAGAAAGCAUUUUUGGUUCCUGCUCCUCCCGAAAUUGAAUGGUGGGACGAAGGGCUCGUGGAUGGAAAAUCGUACGAGGUGAUAGACGACCCGUCCAAGCUGAAAAUCGACACGCCCGACUCUAUCAUCACAAUCUACAUUCAGCACCCGGUCCUUAUCGAGCCGCCUCAAGAAAAGAACAACCCUGCGCCGAAACCGAUGUACCUGACCAGCAAGGAGCAAGCGAAACUCCGGCGGCAACGACGCUUGGCCGAGCUGAAGGAACAGCAAGCCAAGAUACGGUUAGGACUCGAACCUCCGCCGCCGCCCAAAGUCAAGAAAGGCAACCUGAUGCGAGUACUGGGCGAAGAAGCCGUCAAAGACCCGACAGCCGUGGAGGCACGUGUCAACCGCGAAAUCGCCGAACGGGCGCAGAAGCACGAGCAGGCCAACGAGGAGCGCAAACUGACCAAGGAGGAACGGCACGAAAAACUGGAGCGGCAGCAAGAAAUCGACGCCGCGCACGGCAUCUACAUACGCGUGUACAAGAUCGACAGCCUGGCCAACGGGAAACACCGAUACCAGAUCUCGGUGAACGCGGACCAGAACAAGCUGACCGGGGUGGUGAUCAUGCAUCCGAGGCUGAACCUGGUCAUCGUCGAGGGCGGCGAGCAUUCGAUCCGCAAAUACGACAAGCUGAUGCUCCACCGCAUCCGCUGGCAGGAGAUGGAGGCUCCGCGGGCCGUCGAGGAUGGCAACCGCGAGGUUUUGGCCAAGUGGCUCGAGGCCGAGGAUGAGAACGGCGAGCUGAGGGACCUGAGCAUGAACAAGUGCGACCUGAUCUUCAGCGGGCAAGCCAAACAACGCAAUUUCCGCAAGUGGUUGGGCGCUCGGGUGUGUGAGACCGACUCGCAGGCCAAGGACGUGCUGACUCGAGGCAAGAUGGAGAGUUUCUGGAACUUGGCCAAGAGCUUCAAGAGAGAGGUCUGA